AUGCUUUUUUUAUUUAUUCUCGGUUACCUUUAUACCCCUGCAACUUCGGCCUUUGUAAAUACCGGUACCUUUUUACAGCCAAUUAACAACUAUAAAGAAUUUCCAAAUGAUAUCCACGGGGUUUUAAAUAAACGAGCUUAUAUACAACAAGGUUCUCAAUGCUCGAGUUCGGAAGCCUCGGACAUCCGUGGCGCGCUAGAGAGUUGUGCCGUGCUUGCCCAACAUGCCUUCCAUGCGGUUAAAAGCGAUGAGGAAUUAUUCGAGUUAAUUUUCAAAACCGACAGCACAGAUAUUCAAGACCUUGUGAAACAGAAUUUUCGUAAACUUUACGACGAAUGUAGUAGAAAAGAGGACGAAGUUUAUAUCACCUGCGAAGAUGAAACUGGAAAGUGUAAAGAAAAUCAAGGAUACAAAAACGUUUUGGGCUACGCAAGAAUUGCAAAAGAACAAAUUGUUAUAUGCCCCAAUUUCUUCAAUCGACCCAAGAGCAGCAGUGAAAUUACUGCAGCCAACCAAGAUACUACGAUUAUGCAUGAACUAGCGCAUGUCGUUUUAGAUCUCCCUAAAGACUUUGGCUACGAAUGGAAGGGAGUUCAUGAGUUGGAUAGUACGAAAAGUAUCAAAAAUCCUGACAGUUAUGUUAUCUUUGCACAAUGUGCACGAUAUGGAAGUUGUUAUUGA